UUUCUUCAUACUCAGUUCAGUGUUAAACUUAAACCCACCAUUUACCAUUACACCACCAACAUGGACCAAAGCGUUUUUGGUUCUUCUAUGUUCCUAUGUUUGUUGCUUGUGUUAAUCACAUGGAACAACGUUGUUGUUGUUCCACAAGCCGAGGCUCGAGCGUUUUUUGUUUUCGGCGAUUCGUUGGUUGAUAACGGCAACAAUAACUACCUACUCACCACUGCUCGUGCCGACGCAUACCCUUACGGCAUUGACUAUCCCACUCACAGGGCAACUGGUCGAUUCUCCAACGGCCUCAAUAUUCCGGACAUUAUCAGUGAGCGAAUUGGGUCGGAACCCACGUUGCCGUAUCUGAGUCCUGCGCUCGAUGGAGAGAGGCUACUCGUCGGGGCCAAUUUUGCUUCUGCUGGAAUAGGAAUUCUCAAUGACACUGGAAUUCAGUUUAUAAACAUAAUCCGAAUCAGCAGACAAUUACAAUACUUUGAACAGUAUCAACAGAGGGUGAGUGCACUAAUUGGAGCAGAACAGGCUCAACGACUUGUGAACCAGGCACUGGUGCUCAUAACAUUAGGUGGCAAUGAUUUUGUUAACAACUAUUUCCUGGUGCCAUUUUCUGCAAGAUCACGUCAAUUUGCACUCCCGGACUAUGUCGUAUACCUUAUUUCCGAAUAUCGCAAAAUUCUUGUGAGGCUUUAUGAAUUGGGAGCAAGACGAGUUUUGGUGACAGGAACGGGGCCAUUAGGUUGCGUACCUGCAGAAUUAGCACAGCAUAGCAGAAAUGGGGAGUGUGCAGCAGAUCUGCAACAAGCUUCUGCAUUAUUCAACCCGCAACUGGUGCAGUUGGUGAAUCAACUUAACUCUGAAAUUGGUUCAGUUAUCUUCAUUUCAGCCAAUGCCUUCGCAUCCAAUAUGGAUUUUAUCAGUAACCCACAAGCAUACGGUUUUAUCACCUCAAAAGUUGCAUGCUGUGGGCAAGGACGAUUCAAUGGGAUUGGACUGUGUACUCCAGUGUCUAACCUGUGUCCAAACAGGAAUGUGUAUGCAUUUUGGGACCCUUUUCAUCCAAGUGAGAGAGCAAACAGAUUAAUUGUGGAAACAUUCAUGAUUGGAGACACCAAAUACAUGAACCCAAUGAAUCUCAGUACCAUUAUGCACUUGGAUUCAAGGACCUAAUUAUCAUCUUCUUCUUCUUCUUCUACCUAGGAUUGUCACACACAUUCUGCAUUACAUUUUGUGCUAUAUAUUUCAUUGUUUAAGCUGUAUUGUUACACAUUAUUUGAUGCCAUGGGAUUCGUAGCAUUUUCUCUCUCCAAGGCCUCAUUUGAAGGGAGAAAAAUAGAAGGAAACUCCAUGGUUUGUUAUUGAACGUCCCAGUUUAGGGUUUGUAUCUUAUUGCCCAUUUAUCGUUUUGGGUUUAGAUAAUUUGUGGGUAGAGGAUAAGCCCAAAACAUAUAUGGGCUUCAAACUUAUAGUGUAAUAAACUUAGGUAUCUAUAAUGUACUACCACUACCACUUCACAAAACUAUUCCAUGCAAACUUUAACUUAAAUUACAUAUUGCACUUUCUUCAA